AUGCAGAGUAGCUUCAAAAUUUGUAGAUGCACAGAAGAUCAAAAAGUGACCUAUGCUGCUACAACCUUUGUGGACUAUGCAUUGCAUUGGUGGGAGUCUGAGUGUGCAAUCAGAGGUGAUGAGGAUAUUGCUGCCAUGACUUGGGAGCAAAUGAAAAAGAUGAUGAUGGAUAAGUACUGUACACAAUCGGAGGUGAACAAGCUAGAAUCAGAAUUUUUGAGAUUAAAGCAAGGUUCGUUGUCGGUUCAAGAAUAUGUUAACGAUUUUCUUGAAAAAGCGAGGUUCGCCAGUUACCAGGUGGCUACCGAAGAGAUAAAGAUAGGUCGCUUCAAAGACGGCUUAAGAAUCGAAAUCAAACGGUAUGUGGACAUGACUAAACCGACCACAUUUGUACAAUCAGUGGAGAUGGCGAAGGUGGCAGAGGAGAACAACGCUAGGGAGAAUUGUGAUAGAAAAGAUGCAAAGAGAAGAUGGACAGGAUCGAACAAGUUCAACAAGAAACCAAAAUGGACUCCGACUCUGGCAAAAACACGAAGUGAGGGAUUCACUAUUCCUCCAUGUAACAAAUGCAACAAGAGACAUAGGGGAGAGUGUAGAGCAGGGAGCCUGACAUGCUACAAAUGUGACAAACCUGGGCAUACCGCGCGAGAGUGCCCAGAAGGAAAAACUUCUUAUAAAUGUGGGGCUACGGGACAUUUACGACCUGACUAUCCAAAACAUCGAAAUGGUGCGACACCCCAUGUAAAGACAGUGAAUAACGGAUUUGGGAAGAGAUCAGAAAAUAGGAAGGAGCUACCUAAGGGACACGACCGAGCUUACAACAUGACUUUGGAGGAGGCCAAGGAAACACCCGACGUCGUAUCUGGUAUGUUCCCUAUCAACAAUGUGUAUGCACAUGUAUUAUUUGAUUCGGGUGCAAAUGGUAGUUCUGUGUCUACUACCUUCUGCCACUAUCUGAAUAGAAGUGCCUGUAGRCUAGACAAAACCUACACUGUAGAAACAGCCGACGGUAGUCAGUGUAAGGUAGACGAAGUAUUUGAUGAAUGCACAAUUGUUAUAGAUGGUAAGGAUUUCYYUGUUAGGCUUAUGCCAAUGUGYUUAGGGGGUUUUGACGUGGUCUUGGGGAUGGAUURGCUGUCCAACAAUCAUGCGCAAAUAGUAUGCAAUAAAAAUAUGAUCAAGAUUCAAACUCCGGAAGGAGAAACAAUUCAUGUUUACGGUGAUCGAAAGAAGUGUUGCGUAGGGUUAAUCAAUACAAUUAAGGCGAAUAGGUGUCCGCAAAAGGGAUGUGUGGCUUACUUGGCAUACACCAUCGACGUCAAGCUCGAAAAGAAGACAAUACAUGAUGUUCCAUUGGUGAAGGAUUUCCCAGAAGUAUUUCCAGAUGAAUUGCCGGGAAUACCACCGGAACGUCAAGUAGAGUUCCGAAUCGAUUUGGUACCAGGUGCGGCACCAAUCACAAGGGCGCCUUAUCGUUUAGCCCCAACAGAAAUGCAAGAGCUGAUGAAGCAAUUGCAAGAACUCUUAGAUAAAGGAUAUCCACUACCAAGGAUCGAUGACCUCUUCGAUCAGUUGCAAGGAGCCAGUUAUUUCUCGAAAAUCGAUUUAAGAUCGGGUUACCAUCAGUUGAAGGUUCGAGAAGAGGAUGUGUCGAAUACCGCUUUUAGGACUCGUUAUGGACAUUAUGAAUUUGUAGUAAUGUCGUUUGGGUUAACAAACGCACCUGCAACAUUCAUGGACUUAAUGAAUCGAGAAUCACUAAAGUCAGUAUCGGAGAUCCGAAGUUUUCUAGGCCUAGCGGGGUAUUACCGAAGGUUCAUCCAAGAUUUCUCCAAGAUAGCAACGCCUUUGACAACACUGACAAAGAAGUCGGUUAAGUUUGAUUGGGGAACAAAACAAGAAGAAGCAUUUCAGACACUUAAGGAGAGACUAAGCACUGCACCGCGAGGCAAGGUCAUUGCCUAUGCGUCACUUCAGUUGAAAGAACACGAGAGGAAAUACCCAACUCACGACAUGGAAUUAGCAGCUGUAGUCUUCGUGCUAAAAAUCUGGAGACACUAUUUGUACGUUGCCGAUGCACUUAGUAGGAAGGAGAGAAACGGACCAAUCAGGGUUCGAGCCAUGUGGAUGAGUGUUAAAGUGGAGUUUCUAGACCGAAUUCGGGAUGUUCAGAAGGAAGCUUUACUCGAAACGAAUAUUAAAAAGGAGAGAAUGGUUGGACAAAUUAAGACUUUGACGGCUAGACCAGAUGGAAUAUAUAGACACGGAAAUCGGGUUUGGAUUCCUAGUUUGGGGGACCCAAGAAAUGUAGUGAUGGAUGAAGCACAUAAGUCCAAAUAUACUAUGCAUCCAGGUAGUAAUAAGAUGUACAAGAAUAUAAAAGAAAGCUAUUGGUGGCUUGGUAUGAAAAGGGCAGUAGCUAGCUAUGUGGGAAAAUGCUUGACGUGCUUGAAAGUGAAGACAGAACAUCAAAAGCCGUUUGGAAUGUUGCAACAAAUGGAGAUCCCAGUAUGGAAGUGGGAUAUGAUAACGAUGGAUUUUGUCACCAAACUUCCAAGGACGAUAGAGAUGCUAGGUUUAGUUCGAGAUUUUGGUCAAGUUUUCAACAAGAAAUGGGAACACGGUUGA